AUGAACCAGCCAUCACCUGCUAAUGCUUCUUCUCCAAUCCAUGCUAUUGAAGUAGAUUUUGAUUUCCUCUUUCCAACUCAACCUUCUGCCCUAGAAUCAGAAAAGCUCACGAAAAUAGCUUCUCCUGAUGUCUCUCAACCUCAUCAAUCAUCAAAAGUCUCAAGUUCCAUCAAAGCUCCGGUUGAGGGGGAACCAUCUUCUGAAUCUUCUGAACCUUCUACCCCAACCUCCCAUCAUCAAUCUGGACCAGUCAUAACACCAGUCACUGCAUCUUUCGAGGGGGAACCACCUUUGAACGGUUCCAUUCUUAAAGGUACUUUACAAUCCUCCCAACCAUCCAGUCCAUGGUUUCAGGGGGAACCCCACUCGACUGGUUCCAGUCCCUCAAGUUCCUUCACGUCUACUCCAUCUGUUGAAUUCAAGCAUGCAACAGUUGAGGGGGAACCACCUGUUUCAGGUAGUUCUGGACUCUUCCAAGACGAUCUUUUUGAAGGAACAUUCACUUCUGACUACCCUCCUCGUCCAAGAGAACAAUAUGAGGAUUUCGUGUGCCCUCUUGAGCCAUUCGUGAUCAGCAAGGAUUUUGUAUCCCUUCUUGAGCCAUUGGUGAUCAACAAGGAUUUCGUGUGCCCUCUUGAGCCAUUCGUGAUCAACAAGGAUUUUGUAUCCCUUCUUGAGCCAUUGGUGAUCAACAAGGAUUUCGUGUGCCCUCUUGAGCCAUUCGUGAUCAACAAGGAUUUUGUAUCCCUUCUUGAGCCAUUGGUGAUCAACAAGGAUUUCGUGUGCCCUCUUGAGCAAUUCGUGAUCAACAAAGAUUUUGUAUCCCCUCUUGAGCCAUUCGUGAUCAACAAGGAUUCGUGA